CAGCUUCGAUUUUGAUUACUGGUGUGGAAAGGCAGUCGUACAUCGAUGGAUGAGCCGGACAAGAGGACGUAGUUGUUGCUCAGUCGAAGCCCUAAUGUACCUGUUUUGUUUGAAUAUGGGUAAUUCCAAAUCAACAAAAUGUGACACUGUAUCACUUGGAAUGCCACAACGGGAGAGGGAGCUACACCUGGCGGUGAUGGCUAAUGAUCGUGAGGGUGUAAAACAGUUGAUAUCACAAGGAGCAGACAUUAACUACCCUUGGAGCAACCCAACUGUUCCUAGUGUUAAAGAUAGCACCACUCCGCUUCUGGCUGCUGUGUCCCUUAACCACGUAGAAGUCACUCAGAUUUUGCUAAAAGCUGGUGCUGAUAUCAACAUGACUGACAGGAAUGGUUGUACUCCAUUGUACAAGGCGGCCUUCCAUGGACGACCUGUCCUUAUAGACAUGCUACUUGAAGCAGGAGCAGAUAUAAAUAAAUCUGACAAGGAGGGUCAGUCUCCUCUGUAUAUCUGUGUUCAGAAUGCCAUUGUUCAUUCAAGUUAUGCAGCAGUCAAAAGACUUCUAAAAGCAGGGGCUGCCAUUCAUUUGUGUGACAAUUUAGGAAAAACACCAAUUCAUGUAGCUGCUCAUUGGAAAUUAAAGGACAUGAGUCGAAUGCUUCUGAAUGAGAAUGCAGAUGUGAACAAGCUCGACCACAUGGGUAGAACUCCAUUAUAUGUUUGUGUGAGCUCUCUGAGUACAGGCUUGUAUAAAGAAGACCUUAAGUAUCAGGUACCCUGCAUCAAAGUUUUGUUCGCAGCUGACUGUGAUAUGCUGAACUUAGUGGACUGGCUGAAAUGGAAGGGACCAGGCAUUCCGGAUGAACUUUUGGCAGAUGAUGAACCAUUUUUCUUAUGGCAUAAAAAUAACAUGAAUUCUCCACAUUCUCUCAUGAAUUUGUGUCGGAAGAUGAUACAGCAACGAUUGAAAGAGCGUGGAAAUCUGUUGGAGAUGGUGUGGCGUUUACCUGUUCCAGCCACUCUCAAGAACUACUUAUCUCGUACCAUGUUUCACUUACCACAGCCCAAGACACAGGAAUGAUGACAUGAGUUAGCUUAAGUUUAAAGAAACGUUGAUAGUAAUAUAAUGAAGGUUGUGUGUUGAAUGGUCACUCUACAAUGUGCUGAGUCGUAUGAUGUAGUGUUCACUAUCUCAGAAUGUUUUUGAUCCUGA